AAGGAGUUUAACAGUGAUUGCAAAUUGAAGGAAAGAAUAGAAGAAAAUGGAUAUAACACAUACGCAUCCUUAAAUUGGAAGCACAAUGGAAGGCAAAUGUUUGUGGCACUGAAUGGCAGGGGAGCCACAAAGAGAGGACAGAAAACAAGAAGAAAAAACACUUCAGCUCACUUUCUUCCAAUGGUAGUGAUGUCAUAG